AUGGCACCCAAGGUCGACGUUAACGACCCUGAAAAUGCUCGGCUGCUCGAGCUGUUUGCUUCGAUCUCGCUGACCGGGCCAAAGGCGAUCGACACGCUCAACAACCCCAAGCACACCGCCGCCAUCGAGGCAGCCAUCCAGCACCAUCAGCUCGCCUCCAAGAACCUCGAUGCCAAGACCUCGACGCUCGUCGUUGCCGCAGCGACGGCCAAGGACGCCACCGAUGCGACAAGGCGCAGCUAUGUCAUCGAGCGCGUCCUCGACGGCAGCCUAAAGUCGGCCGAUCAGAUCAACGCGGCCUACAAGUUCCUCGAGAGCAGCGGCGGCAACCCUGACAAGGCCGCGUUCGACAGGGAGUGCGGCGUCGGCGUCACCGUCAGCCCGGAGCAGUGCCGCGCUGCGGUCGACUCGUACAUCGCCGCCAACCAGGCCGACAUUGACGCCGUCGAGGGCUGGCCCAAGCUCAGCGGCAUCCUCGCCGGCGUCAAGACGACGCCCGAGAUGCGCUGGGCCAACGCCAUCGACAUCAAGAACGCCGUCGAGGCGGCACUUCUGGAAAAGUACGGGCCCAAGAAGGCGCCCGCGCCCAAGGAAAAGGGCGCCAAGAAGGCCAACGCGGCAAAGGCCUCGGCCAAGGACGGGCCCGCCAAGGAGGCCGCAGCAGCCAGCGGCACCGUCGACCCGGAUGCCAUGUUCAAGGAAGGCUUCCUCGCGGCCCUCCACAAGCCCGGCGAGAACCCGCAGAUCAAGCCGGAGCUGCGCGAGCAGCACCUGGCUGCGACCAAGGGCAUGGUCAUGACGCGCUUCCCGCCCGAGCCCAACGGCUUCCUGCACAUCGGCCACUCGAAGGCGAUCGCCAUCAACUUCGGCUACGCCCGCUUCCACGGCGGCCUCACCUACCUCCGCUACGACGACACCAACCCCGAGGCCGAGGAGGAAAAGUACUUUGAGAGCAUCCUCGAGAUGGUGCGGUGGCUCGGCUUCGAGCCGUUCAAGAUCACCUACUCGAGCGACUACUUCCAGCGCCUCUACGACCUCGCCGUCGAGCUCAUCAGGCGCGGCAAGGCCUACGUCGACCACUCGACCGGCGACGAGAUCAAGGAGCAGCGCGGAGGCCCCGAGCGAGGCCCGCGGAAGCCGAGCCGGUACCGCGACCGCCCCGUCGAGGAGUCGCUCCGGGAGUUUGAGGACAUGAAGAACGGCAAGUACGCGCCAGGGACGGCCACGCUGCGCAUGAAGCAGGACCUCGAGAACGGCAACCCGCAGAUGUGGGACCUGAUCGCCUACCGCGUGCUCGGCGCCGUCCACCACCGCACGGGCACCGACUGGUGCAUCUAUCCGACCUACGACUUCACGCACUGCCUCGUCGACAGCUUCGAAAACAUCUCGCACUCGCUUUGCACGACCGAGUUUGUGCUGUCGCGCGAGUCGUACGACUGGCUGUGCGACGCGCUCGAGGUGUACAAGCCCAGGCAGUCCGAGUACGGCCGGCUCGACCUCGAGGGCACCGUCAUGUCGAAGCGCAAGAUCCUCAAGCUCGUCAAGGAGGGCCACAUCGAGGACUGGGACGACCCGCGCCUCUUUACGCUCAUCGCCCUGAGGCGGCGCGGCGUGCCUCCCGGCGCGAUCCUCUCAUUUGUCAGCGCGCUCGGCGUCACGUCGUCGCAGUCGACGAUCCAGAUUACGCGCUUUGAGCAGUCGAUCCGCCAGUACCUCGAGAGCACCACGCCCCGGUUGAUGAUGGUGACCAAGCCGCUCAAGGUGACCAUCGAGAACCUGCCCGAGGACUUCUACCUGGAGCUCGAGAAGCCGCUGCACCCCAAGGUGCCCGAGAUGGGCACCAACAAGAUCCCCUUCACGCGCACCGUCUACAUUGACGCCUCGGACUUCCGCAAGGUGGACUCCAAGGACUACUUCCGCAUGGCGCCUGGCAAGACGGUGGGCCUGCUCCAGGUGCCGUUCCCCGUCACCUGCACGUCGUUCAAGGUCGACGACAAGACGGGCGAGCCGAUCGAGGUGGUCUGCACCUACGGCGACGAGUCGACGCCCAAGCCCAAGACCUACAUCCAGUGGGUCGCCGAGCACGCGGCCAGCGGCAGCCCCGUCCGGGUCGACGAGACGCGCAUCUACCACCAGCUCUUCACCAGCGACAACCCGGCCGCCGAGGCCAACUACCUCGACCACAUCAACAAGGACAGCCUCGAGAUUGUGCCGGGCGCCUUCCUCGAGGUGGGUUUCUGGGACGUGGCGCGCAAGUCGAUUGAGCAGGCGCGCAAGGAGGCCGAGGUGCGCACCAGGCACGCCGAGCAGGACGCGGCCAAGGCGCGCGCCCAGACCGACGUGCCCGAAGGCACCGGGGCGGGCGCUCCGCAGCGCAAGCCCGAGCAGCUGCUCGGCAAGGAGUGCGUCAGGUUCCAGGGCAUGCGCACCGCCUACUUUACGCUGGACCGCCUCAGCGGCGACCUGGAUCUGUUUGGCGACAAGUCGGACAAGAGCGGCAAGAUUGUCCUCAACCGCAUCGUCUCGCUCAAGGAGGACAGCAAGAAGGACGACAAGAUGGCGCCCAAGAAAGGCAAGGGCGGCGGUGGCAACAACAACAAGAAGCCCGUUGUCAAGAUGCCUUCCCAGAAGUCUUUCCGCACCAAGGUCACCCUGGCCAAGGCUGCCAAGCAGAACCGCCCCAUCCCGCACUGGUUCCGCAUGAAGGCGGACAACAAGAUCCAGUACAACGCCAAGAGGCGCCACUGGCGACGAACCAAGCUCGGCCUCUAA